UUAAAAUUUUAAUAUAAAUUAAAUUUCUCUUACAAGAUUCACUUACAAAGAUACUGUUAAAAAAUGGGAAAUUGCGAUAAAUUAUGGUUUAAGCUCAUGCUUUACAUUUAUUUACAUAUCUAUUUAAUGUUAAACAAACGUCGCUGUCUACUUCUUAAUUUCAUCUGUUUUAUAUGGAGAACACGUUCGCGAACGUAUAUUGAAAAGACGUGUAUGCAAAAUAGUCGUCAGACAGUUCUAUUUAACAGUAAAUAUGACAUUAGAGAUUACUUAUUUGAAUGACACAUAUAUAAUAGAGAAUGUUUCAGACGUGCCAUCCAAAACUGUCGCAAGUUCAAUUGAUGUCCACAACUAAAAAGAAAAAAACGUUGCAUUCUCCAACUUCAACUUAAACAAUAGAAUUGAAUAGAAUCUUUCUUUCAACCUCUACUAUUCUCUAUAAGGAAUAAAAGAAAACUUUGUAAUUAGACUGUACGGAAAGAGACAAAGAUACUUGAUAUCGCUAUCUCUCUCGUCCCGAUAUAUGUAUAGAGUUCAUUGUGUAUAUUACAGUGUUUGCGUAUAUAUUGAUGUAUAAUACGUAGAAUUAACUCUAUAAUAUGUGUCAUAUGUACGAUGCAAUAAAUGACAGAAGUCUGUUGAAACGCAAUUAAUCUUUUUUUUAACGAUGGGUAAUUGCAUCAGGAGCGUGUUAAGGAGGCUGAGAAGAAACCGCGGCACGGAAAAGACCAUUAUCCUGCUUAUUGUUGGGUUAGAUAAUGCUGGGAAAUCUUUAAUACUGAAUCAUAUUAGUGGAGAUCCAGAUAGGAAUGUACUGCCUACAAUGGGAUUUCGGACAGUAUCUUUAAAACAUAACUCGUAUUCAGUAAAGAUAUAUGAUCUUGGUGGUAGUUCUCAGAUUAGAGCAUUGUGGCCUAAAUAUUAUAAUGAUAUACAUGGUCUUAUAUAUGUGGUGGAUGCUAGUGAUAUUUCUCGUCUUGCAGAAAAUAAAGUUGUGUUUAACGAAUUAAUAACACACGAGGAUAUUUCAGCGAAACCAUUAUUAUUAUUUGCAAACAAACAGGAUUUGAAUGGAGCUAUUGAUGAGCUAGAUCUGGUUGAAAAUUUGGAUGUGGAGCAUGCAGCCAAUGCCAUGAAAUGUCCGACAAGAGUAGAAACAUGCUCCUGCAUUUAUGAUAAGGAACAAUCAAAAAGUAAUACUAUGGGCAUAAAGAAUGGAUAUAAAUGGCUGUUGGAAACCAUAGUAAAAAAUUAUGCUGCUCUGAAUAAUAGAAUCAAACAAUCACAAAGUUGUCAACAUAAAAGUAUUCAAGAAUCUCAGUCUAUUGCGUCAAAUACACCAUCAAGAAUUUCUAUACACUCAAAUCCUUUUAAACCCAUUAAAGAUCUCUUGGCAACAAAGGAUGAAGUUCUAAUAAGUGAAACAUGCAAUGGUACUAAUGAAGGGAAAAGCUUUAUAAAAGCUUUUGUACGAAGAAAUAAGACUGCCCCUCUUCCAGUUGAACAAUCGACUAUCGAAUGCGAAAAUCUCUCGCGAAAUCUUACGCCUAAUGUGGAAACUCUUGCUGGAGAGAAAAGUACACAAACUAUGACUACAAUAUUAGAUCCAUUAAAUUUAAAUAUUGAUUAUAGCCCAAGCAAUGCUAGUACAAAUCUAAUCCGUCCGUAUACAGCACCAGAGAGAUCCCAACGGUUAUUAAAUAAAAUGAUAAUUAAUAUUCCUGGACAAGUGCCUCAAUGACAGCAAUUGUAGAUUUUAUACUAGAGUUCAAAAGGGACCACACACAUUACAAUGUCAUGAUACAGCAUUUACGAUAAAAAUAUCAGAACUAUAUAUAUAUUACUGUAAAAAACAUUUUAUAAUAGCUUUAGAUAAGUAAUACCUCCAACAUUACUAUUUUUAUAGCAUCGCUUAAUUACACAUUAACAUUUUUUGUAUAAAAACACUAUAUAGGUUUCUGAAUUUGGAGAAUAUGAAAGUGCAAACAUUAACAUGUGUGUAAUAAUUUAUAUAUGUAUUAUUAAGUUAUAAUUUUUAUAAACUUUUAAUAUGUGUAAUAUAUAAUAAUAAUGUAUAUAUUAUCCAACACAAAAGAUAUGUUUAUGAAAUAUACUUUUUAUCAUUUAAAAGAAA